CACUUGCAUACAUUUAGAAACAAUGGCCUAUUAAAUGCUUAAGUAGCAAGUUACUGCUAACAUUUUAAUUGAAAAUGGCGAUGCUGUCGGUUGCGUGUGCUCUUGCUGUAAUGUACGCACCCGUGUAUGCUCGUGAAAUUCAAACACGCGCCAAUCAGUGCUACGGUGACCUUGGAUGUUUUUCCUCCGAUAACGUCAUACCGUUGCCCGACGCACCGGAUCACAUCCGCACGACGUUCCGCCUGUAUAACCGCGGUUCGAGCAAUAGUUACAACCUAGACGCCUUCGGUUUCAAGUCGCACCUUAGCGCUUGGCUAAACCACUUCGACGUUCAUAAGAAAACAAAGGUCAUUACCCACGGGUAUACGGAAAACGGCGCAAGGCCUUGGAUCGUCCAGAUGAAGUCAGAGCUACUUAAGAAGGGUGAUUUCAACGUCAUCGUGACGGAUUGGGGCCACGGAUCGCUAACGGAAUACCCGAAGGCAGUGGCCAACACGUAUGUGGUCGGUGCCCAGCUUGCGGGGCUGCUUUCUGAGCUGCACGCGCAUCAUGGGCUCCAGUACGCGGACGUGCAUCUGAUUGGUCACAGCCUGGGCGCGCAGAUAUCUGGUCACGCAGGACGGCGCGUUCAGUGGCUUGGUCGAAUUACAGGCCUUGACCCUGCCGACCCAGGGUUCACGGGUACAACAACCGACCACCGUUUGGACGCCUCGGAUGCGACGUUUGUUGACGUCAUUCACACUGACGCCUCAAAGUUCAACCUUGUGUCGGGUUUCGGUAUGGACGUUGCCAUGGGCCAUUUAGAUUUUUAUCCCAACGGCGGGGAGCAUCAGCCUGGCUGUGUGGAGAGGCCGGUUGCCGGUGCCAUUGCCGGUGUCGCGCAAGCCGUCGGUUGCAGCCAUUCACGGUCACAUGAGCUGUUUACUGAAUCCAUUAACUCGGCCUGCAAGUUCUAUGCGCACCUGUGUUCGAGUGUGGAUAGCUUCGAGGCCGGAAGUUGCUUAGGCUGUCCCGACGGAGGUUGCCCGCGUAUGGGCUAUGACGCCGAACUGAGUUCCGGUAUGAAGGGAUCUUUCUAUUUGAGUACAUCCGGGGCGGCUCCUUACUGCGGGCACGAGUAUUUCGUGGACGUCGCGAUGUCUGACCAGAUGCUGCACACAAAAGGCGAGUUCAUGAUCACCCUCGUGGGAACCAAAGGACGCUCGGAGCCGCUCAAGUUUGAAAGCCUCAUGCACGCACUUGACCACGGCGCAGAGGAGAAGCACGUGAUCAGUACGCACGUGGACAUCGGCAACGUGACGUCAGUGCAGCUGCAGUUCAUCAGGGCCAAUGACCAGUGGUACGCGGCCCCAUACGUGAAGGUGCACAGUGUCCUUGUAGUACCGGUGGAAGACACGAGUCAUAUAUUUAAGUUCUGUGCCAAUGACGCGCAUUUCAAUGCGGGUCAGACAGUUGCCGUCUCCAGUCAGACCGGAUGUUGACCCCAAGAAGCGAUGUCAAAACCACGUGUUUGCAUUGUGUGUAUAAUAGAGUUGUUCGAGUCUUGAUACAGUCGUUUCCGUGUU